UCCACUAUAAGAACCCAGCAAUCCUCCGAAUCGUCGCCAAAGUUCUCUCCGCCCUCUUUGCCCUCGUCAGAUUUCAUCUCCGACUGCGGCGGCAUCUGUGCGGAACUCUUAGCUGGAGUAGAGUCAUUUGCAAAAGCAGAAGCUGAUAUUGGUUCCAUGGAGAAUAUAACGAACGAGACUCAGGAUGCCUAUAUCCAAAAUUACGAAACAGUUAUGCAACAUCUGUUUACUAAAUUCCAGAAGGAAGCUGAGGAAUUGGAAAAUGCUCUUGAGUAUUUAAAAAAGCUUCGAGAAAUGCUCGUUGUACUGGAUAACUUGAAAAAAGGGCUUGAUAGAUUGAGUUCAUUUGCUGCUGCAUCAUAUUAUAUUGAACAUGAUGAAGGCCUAAAAGCAAAAAAAGUAGAACAAUUGGAGCUUUUGGAGAAAGAUCUGAUGUCCAAUGCCGAUGAACUUGAAAAGCUAGGCUUCGAGCUGUUAGAUGCGGAGAAAAGAGCCGGCGCUCCACCAUUGUUUGGCGAUGAUUCUAUGGGAGGAUCGAACGUCUCCCAACCUCAGUAAGCAUUUAUUUCGGAUGUCCUAAUAUGAUGUUAAAGAAGAGGAUGAGUAGUUUGAGAAUCCGUACCGCAAUGUCGAUCGUGUUUCGUGUUUUGGCAAAACUGUUUAUGGGCUGCUACUUUAAGUAGCUUUGUGUGUUUUAUUUAGACUUUCUUUGGUGAUGUGCCUGUGCCAUUGUUGUUUCUGUAAGAUGUGUCAAUUGUGUGAACAAAGGAUUUUUAUCCAAGUAACUUAUGUCUAGCUUGUUUUAUGGUGGUUUUAGUUGGUGAUUUUGUUUUUAUUUUUUUGUGGUCGCAGCAGUUUGGAUGUAAUGUUUUAUGAUAGUAAAUUGGG